AUGCGGGAAAUCAAUGAACAAAACGAACUCCGCAAUACAUCAGAACUAUCCCAAGAAUAUCAACCACAAACAAUAUCACCACCAGUAGUGGCAUCAACAGAAGAAGCGACAAACCCAAUCGUAACACCACCGCAACCAGAACUAGAACCAGUAGUGGAACAGACUGACGAACCGGAACAAGCCAAACCACAUUCCUCGGUGUGUGAAACACUUCAUCCCGAACUCGUACUGUCUCUAUCCUCCCAAGAAAUACCGAACUCCGCCUGUACAGAGGACGUUUCGAUGGAUGUGGAAGAAGUGGUCGAGUGCGAAAACAUUUCAACACCCAGUCAGAUACGACAAAUCGAGACUGGAACACAGACCGUAUCAGAGGAAAAUUCAUCAGGUAAAUAA